AUGCGUGUGCUUGGGCGAAUUGGCGAUCACUCGGGCCAUUUCAACGGAUCCCCAUGCACUCUUUCACACGCCGGGCACACACCCCUUGCUGGCGAUGCACUCGCGACACACACUCCGGUUGUGCACUUCUUCUGCAAAGCUGUCUUGUCAGUUGGACUUCUCAAAAUCACUUGUCGUUCAGCACGUACAUGCCCACCUCACACUUGCACGUCCGCACAUGCACAAGUGCUGACAAGGCGACGCAUGUGCGUGUCUAAGUGUGCGCAAACCCAAUGCGCCCUCUGGCCGUGUGCUCAAACAGUCCCCAGCUUGUGCACCUUCGUCUCUGCCUCUUGGCUUGAGCGGAGACGUUGA